AGGAAACCAGGGCGGAAGUCGGAGUGUGACAGAGACGAGGAGAGAGAGAUAGAGAGAGGAUCCGCACCUGAACAGCGACAACACAGAGAGGUGCUGCUUGAUUCGAGGCCGGCUCGGGGCUCACAUCCUUCAGCAACAUGGGGGAACUCUUCAGAAGUGAGGAGAUGACGCUGGCUCAGCUCUUCCUCCAGUCAGAAGCUGCCUACUGUUGUGUCAGUGAACUGGGAGAGAUUGGGAUGGUGCAAUUCCGUGAUCUAAAUCCUGAUGUGAACGUGUUCCAGAGAAAGUUUGUUAAUGAAGUGCGACGAUGUGAAGAGAUGGAUCGCAAACUGAGAUUUGUAGAGAAAGAAAUAAAGAAGGCAAACAUCGCAUUUGUGGACACUGGAGAAAACCCAGAAGUCCCCCUUCCGAGGGAAAUGAUCGACAUGGAGGCCACAUACGAGAAGCUCGAGAACGAGCUGAAGGAGAUAAACACCAACCAAGAGGCCCUAAAAAAGAACUACCUGGAACUGACGGAGCUCAAACACAUUCUGCGUCGCACGCAACAGUUCUUUGAUGAGAUGGAGGACCCCAGUUUACUGGAGGAAUCAGCCGCCCCCCUGGAUCCCAGUGAUGUUAUCAGAGGGCCUCCUCUCAGACUGGGAUUUGUAGCUGGAGUCAUUGGCAGAGAACGUAUCCCCACAUUUGAGAGGAUGCUCUGGAGAGUUUGCAGAGGAAACGUCUUCCUGAGGCAGACAGACAUUGAAGAACCUCUGGAGGACCCGACCACGGGCGACCAAGUCCACAAGUCUGUCUUCAUCAUCUUCUUCCAGGGAGACCAGCUGAAGAAUAGAGUCAAGAAGAUCUGUGAGGGCUUCAGAGCCACUUUGUACCCUUGUCCAGAAACACCGCAGGAGAGGAAAGAGAUGUUAGCAGGAGUGAAUGCUCGCAUUGAUGACCUGCAAAUGGUGCUGAACCAGACAGAGGAUCACAGGCAGAGGGUCCUGCAAGCUGCAGCCAAGACAGUCAGAGUGUGGGUCAUCAAGGUGAGGAAGAUGAAGGCCGUGUACCACACCCUCAACCUCUGCAACAUUGACGUCACUCAGAAGUGUCUGAUCGCUGAGGUGUGGUGUCCCGUCUCUGACAUGGACUCCAUCCAGUUUGCCCUGCGCAGGGGGACGGAAAAGAGCGGCUCCACUGUGCCUUCCAUUCUCAACAGGAUGCAGUCUAAGCAGACCCCGCCCACCUAUAACAAGACAAACAAGUUCACCUCCGGCUUUCAAAACAUUGUCGAUGCCUAUGGGAUUGGCAGCUACCGAGAGAUAAACCCUGCGCCAUACACCAUCAUCACCUUCCCUUUCCUUUUUGCGGUCAUGUUCGGUGACUUUGGCCACGGGGUGCUCAUGACCUGUGCCGCCCUGUACCUUGUGUUGAGAGAGAGCAGGCUAAUGGCCGAUAAGAACGAUAACGAGAUGUUCAGCAUGGUGUUUGCAGGGCGCUACAUAAUCCUGCUGAUGGGAAUCUUCUCUGUCUACACGGGAAUCAUUUACAACGACUGCUUCUCCAAGUCCCUCAACGUGUUUGGCUCUGGCUGGAGCGUCCGGCCAAUGUUUGACGCUCGAGUAGGAGGCAACUGGACGCCUGAGACACUUGAAGGCAAUAAAGUUUUGCAGUUGGACCCAGCCAUAGAUGGAGUGUUCAGUGGGCCAUACCCCAUCGGCAUCGAUCCGAUAUGGAACAUUGCGACCAACAAGCUGACAUUCCUGAAUUCCUUCAAGAUGAAGAUGUCUGUGAUCCUGGGAGUAUUUCACAUGCUCUUUGGAAUCUCUCUCAGUCUCUUCAACCACCUUUAUUUCAAGAAGCCCCUGAACAUCUACUUGGGAUUCAUCCCGGAGAUCGUCUUCAUGUCCAGUUUGUUUGGCUACCUCGUGAUACUGGUCUUCUAUAAGUGGAUCGCAUACGACGUAACCACCUCCAAGGAUGCUCCCAGUCUCCUCAUUGCCUUCAUCAACAUGUUCCUCUUCAACUACAACGACCCCAGUAACAAACCACUCUACAGCGGACAGGCGGUUGUACAAUCGCUCUUACUGGUUACUGCCCUGGCAUGUGUUCCCUGCAUGUUAAUAGUGAAAACUCUGAUUCUGCGGAGGCAGUACUUGUGGCGGAAAAAUUUGGGUACCCAGAACUUUGGAGGGAUCAGGGUGGGCAACGGGCCCACUGAGGACGAGGCUGAAAUCAUCCAGCAUGACCAGCUCUCGCAGCACUCUGAGGAAGAACCUGAGAGUUGCCUUUUGUCACCUGCUUUCAAGGCCCGUGAAGAGGAAGAGUUUAACUUUGCGGAUGUCGCAGUACAUCAGGCGAUCCACACCAUAGAGUACUGCCUGGGCUGCAUCUCAAACACCGCUUCCUAUCUGAGGCUGUGGGCCCUCAGUCUGGCUCAUGCACAGCUGUCGGAGGUGCUGUGGACCAUGGUGAUGCACAUCGGCCUUUCUUCCAACAACGCUGCAGGUUUCAUCCUCCUGGCCAUCGUCUUUUUCUUCUUUGCUGUUCUCACAGUUGCCAUCCUCCUCAUUAUGGAGGGUCUGUCAGCCUUCCUGCAUGCACUGCGACUGCACUGGGUGGAGUUCCAGAACAAGUUUUACUCAGGCCAGGGCUUCAAAUUCCUCCCUUUCACCUUCGAAAGCAUCUUGGACGGGGGGGUUGAAGACUGAAACCUGACGCCUCUUUUUCUUCUUCUUCAAUUAAUAUCUCUCACCUGAGAAUCUGUGUGGUGUUGAACAGUGAUUUUUGAGUGAAGCAGCUUCUACAACUUUGGAGCCAAGAUUAUCUGUCAGACUGUCUGUUUGUUUUGAACCUCGCGUCAUUUUCAGAAUCAGUAGCUAAAUCUGGAACUCAGCAAUUACCGUUCAUUCAUUCCAGAGAAAAAAAGAAUAGGAUUAGCUGUAAUCUGUCAUGUGUCUCGUCUCAGUGAAGUCUUUUUUGUUUUACCCGUGUUUUAUUUAGUUUAUUAUUAUUUAUGCAAAAUUCUUUAUAAAACCUGCAUUUUUCCUUCGUGGGAGUGUUGCAAUAUUGAUUAUUACAAACAACGCUAUGUGUAAAUCUCUUGACUGAUGAUGCCGAUAAAAGCUAGAAGCCUUUUCCACGCUGGUGUAUGCAGAUUGUCUCUUUCUCUUGGUAUACAAGUACAACUCAUUAAAUUGCAUAGUGACCUCGCAUAUCAAGCUUUAAAAGGUCUAAAGGGAAAACGAUACAACACCAGGAUGUCAGUAGAUUCUUUCACAGUUGCAUCUCUUGUGUUGUGCUCUGAUGUCACUGCCCUUUGUGCUGAGUAAUCUCAAUAAAGUGGAAUCUGUAGGCGGUUGUCCUCCAACAACGGAACACACUGAAGGGAUUUGACCGUGUCAGCACAAGUAAUUUCUGUUCCUACUUUUCAAUUUCACUCAUGUCAAAGUCUGAAGUGCUUUCCUCCGCUUGAAAGGGAGUAAGAGCGACACACAGGAAUCAUGACCAAGUAAAUUCAUUCCCCAGAAAUGAAUGAGCACCGGCAGUCAUUGUGCAUCUCUUUGUCAAUAAAGUAGAAAGAGCUGGUUAAA